AUGGAAUUACACACCCUUGCUGACAAGAACGCCACAUGUAACGACGGUACUACGGCAGGGUAAGUGAGAUAUAACAUUAAAACUCGUCAUUUACUAGAGUGCCCACUAGUCAGCGGCAAAUUUUUCACCCGAACAACAGGCCUAAGAAGAAUCGCCCGCACCAGACAAAACCUUUGAAGAGCUAGCUUUUAGAUGAAUAGUCACACUUGGGGAGAGAACCUAAAGCUAGUAAUUCGUGAAGUGUCUAGUUAACUGACUCUGGGAGUGUGAGAUUUGACCUUUUCUAUGUCCUGUAAGUCAACCCUCCGCCUACUGUGUGUUCGUUUUGUUUGAUCUGUUUCAACAGAGCUUUUCUUGGCAUGAUUCGUUUUUCACCUUUUUUCACCACUAAAUGUUUCGUGAAAUUUGCAGCAUUUGUUCUCUGUCACUCGUGUCCGUACCUGGUCUUGCAUUGUUGUUAUCGACCUAUCGACAGUGACGUUAUAAAACAUUGUUUCCUUAUAAGAACUUUUCGUUAAAAAAGUAGCGACUUAUCAGAACUUUUAUAAAAAUCGUAUCACGCACGAGGAGAAUCGUAUAGCACCCCUGAAAGGGUUUUAAGAAUCACAUGACUGGCUUCGCAAAGAGAUUUAAGAAAGAGAUGUUUCAUGUUUAUGUACCAAAAAAACCGUCUUUGAUCUUUACCCCGUUCUGGGGGGCAGUGCUUUCGGGCAAUUUAAAGGUUCUGUUCGUUCACUCAUGCUGUAAUAAUGAGAUUAAAUUGAAUGAGCCCUCUCUCAGUAGUCUAUUUUUGGACUUAAGUUUUUUUUACAACCAGGAAUUUCAUUGCGCAUUCGUCUGUAAAUUGUUACUAAACUUUACUUCGUCGAGUUUUAAUAAUUGGUAGUUAAUUAUCUCAAACUUCUUGUGAAGACAGUUCGGUGCCUCAGUUUGCUUUUUUUUUUAAGAUGUCAUUUCAAUCAGUUAUUUAACCUGCUUUGUUUUUGUUAUUUUUUUGAGAAAGUUUUACUUUCUCUUUCGAACUCUUCCCUUCUUUUGUGCUCAACGUUUGCAUUCAUUUAACGACUUCCUGUUUAACGUUUAACCGGACGACAAAAAUAAUAUCAUUUUAGUCAUUACUUACAGAUAUAAAGCAAGUUGUCCAACAAAUGUUAUGAAGCCUCCAACGAAAGCGCUUUUUUCAGCAGAUUCUUUGUAAAUUAAUGCACGUUUAUGCUUUUUAGUCUAUUUGCCACACUUGAUGAAUAGCACAAGUUCUUCAGUUCAUCGAUAAGCUCAUUCGCUUUAAGUUAUUCGCGUUUGUGGUAUUGACAACGAGUUAACGGAAAUUCGCUGAUAUCUCACGCUAUCUCCUGUCUUCGAUUUGUAUUCCUAAAUUAACGGUUAAAAGUUUUUAAGUAAACGAUUUAAACGGUUGUUUGAUUAAGCACAUAGAAUAGUUGAUUUACUAGUUCAGCAGAUUAUAAAGUUAGUUUUUAUAUCAUCCGUAUUUUCAUCUCAGGGGCACCCACGACUGUUUUCUGUAAAAUAUCUGUUCGACGAGGCAAAUAUUGCCUAGAAUUUUCUAUUACUUGAGAACGGCCAAACAUUUCUGGAUGACUGUUCCAUUUAUGAACAAUUUUCGAAGCUUAUCUAAUAAAUUCCCCUAGGAUUUUCUGAUUUAAUUUUUCACAUUUCACUCCCCAGGUUAGGCUAUUUUUCGUAAAAAAAGAAACCUGAAAUUUUCGGAUUCAAAAAUGUGACGGAGACUGAGAGGAAUUAGAAAAAUUUUCGUUUUCGUAAAACGUUAAAUUGCGUCUAGAAUUUUCGGGAAAAUAGCACUGAAGCCGUUAAAAUUUCGAAAAGUCUGAAGUUGCCCUAGGAAGAUCGAACAGAGACAAAUUUUAUAGCGCCGGUUAGAAUGCAUUUGUAGAGACCUAAAAGUACUCUGGAUAGCCUUAAAAGUGUUUUCAAUGUAUUUAAGAGGAAACCGUCCUUGGGUGCCCCGGUCAUCUAAAAGUUUGUUAUUGUUCCGUAGUCACGAAACUUUGCUUCGCCUUCGAAAGCCGGGGAAAGUUUCCACAUGUUGUUUAGCAAAAGGAACUGAAAAGGAAUGCUUUUCAGAAGAUUAACCAGAGCGUGUGUUUUAUUUUGAUAAGAUGUUUAUCCCGGUUCUGGAGGAACCGCAAAAUUUCUCAUAGGCUUGUGGUGCCAGCUUUGGUCUUUGCCAAAUGAUAAGGAGUGGUUGUUUUGAUAAGUGAAAACUCCCAUCUGUAGAGAAUCUAACGCUAACUAUAAAUAAUUAUUAUGUAAUGGAUUCCUGGUUUGGUAAAACGUAUAAAGAAGAACCGCAACAUCGUUAAUUGUUCCUUUCGAUCUUCAUCCAUUACAGAAGAUCACUAGAAAUUAACUCCCUAAUAAAAUUCACACAAAGGAGUGAUGGAGAUUAUUUUAACGAACUUGUCUUUUCCGUGCAAACGAGUCAAGUUUUUCCUUCGCAAAUAUGUUUGAAUUGGAAAACGUUUAUCAUUUUUGAUUAUCUUUUCAUAACAAGUAGCAAAACGUCGUUUUUGUGUUAGAAUAAUUAAAAACAGAUUAUUAUCAGGCGAAACGUUCAUGUCGUUAAUAUCCUCAGUUAUUGCUGAGAAAGAUUUUACGCUGAUUAGGUCAUUUUAUCGCUUGUUUCAGGUUUCCCCUGUGUGCCAGUUUGUCCCUGGCUUGGGUCCCUGCUCGUAAAUACAUACGAAACGUCUUCCUUGUAUUAACUUCUGACGUUUUUGCCAAACAUUUUAGGUAUUAUAUGAGAAAAGCUAAUGGAAGUAAAAGAUGGAUCGUCUAUUUGGAAGGUAGGGAAAAUCACGAUUAUACUGUUAUACUUUUAAAACUUGAAACUUGGCUCCAACCCCACCCUGGGGCUCCAAUAUAACUUUUUAACUGUUCAUCUUUAUCGGAAGCAUAAGGCCAUGCAACAACCGCAGAUAAUUAAAACAAGUCACGGAGAUUCUGGAUGUUGCUUGUGGCCAUAAUUGCGUCAUAGCUUUAAAUACAGCUUUGGUGUUCAAGUCUGCGGGGUUGUGUUUUUUGGUUGUUACACUAAGUAUAUUGUAUUUGCAAAAGUAAUAUAAACUCUUUCAAAGUAAUAAAAACAAAAGUGUGUAUAAAUUAGAAGAAUUUAUUCACCGGUUGAAGACAAGGCCGAAAAAGUCAAUGACUGUUACAUUAGACAAAAACCUGCAAAUUCCAUUUUCGAACGUUUUUUUUUUCUCGCUUGAGCAGCAAGUACCAGGACACGAGACUAGCAGCCGAUCCACACAUUUUCAUAAGGAAGGAAAUAUCCGUAUCUUUUUAUCCUAUUUAGACGAUAAAAAGGUAUGGACAAAAGAAAGGAUGUCCCUAAAUACGAUUACGUAAAUCUUUUGUCUGAAAAAGUAAAGAGAAAUGUCAAUUGUCAAAGCAAAACUUUAUAAUAAUAACAUCACGUAAAAUAAUUCGUUAGUUAUAAUUGAAUAUCACGCAACAGUCAAGAAAGAACUUCGUAUUCUUCCAAUCUGCUCGGGUGAUCUGCUACCCUGAGACCAGCCUGAAAUUGUGGAGAGUUCCUCCCGUAAUGUGCUAACGUAUUAGUAGUUUUUUCAUGCAAUUUAAAAGUGUUAUAUAUAUAUAUAUAUAUAUAUAUAUAUAUAUAUUUUUUUUUUUCCCCUUUUUAAUCCUUUACCAUCCAUAAUGGGGUGUUGCCCUCCAAUCCCUAACAGCAAAACGCAUUGCUUUUGAUUCUACAGUAAACUUGGUCUUAAAAGGGAACUUUUUGAGCAUUAGUAGAGUGCUCUUAUGAAGGUUUAUGUAAUAGUUUAAAAAGCGAUUAGUGCAAUGGCCUAAAGGGUUAAACUAACAAAAGCAAAAACGAAACUAGGCUAUGCAAAUGUAUUAUGAUGGAACCCUAACAUUUUAAACUGAGUUUGGAUUUCGCUCGUUCGUUUUUUGCUCUACAAUGAAAUAAACGAAAAGCACCAAAAAGUUCUCCUCGAAAGUAUGAUAACGUCUGACCGCGGACGGUUUUUUUUCUUCUUGUUCUUUUUUUUUCUUAGUUUUUUUUUGCGUCUUGUUGUCGUCCCGGCUUUGGGAGGCUAAGUUGCCAAAAUGUCAUUUAACAAUGUUUGAAUAGACUCACAAGAAUAGCCCUAUACACUUGAACGAUUUUCACUUCAAGGAAGUGCUACUUAAGAGCCCUCAUUAAUUGACAGCUACAGACCUCACGGAGAAUUACGUUAAUGCUGUCUGAUUCCGUCAGGAAAAUACGGGUUAAAUACACAAAUUAUCCUGAGCUUGCAGGUUUCCAAUUGUCAUAAGUGGUGUGCGCCUAAGCACGAGUUUUUCUCCCCUCAACGUGAUAUCAGGAAAUAACUUUUAGGCGCGGAUCUUGGCCAGGUAUGAAAGGGAAAAUAUUUUCCUGCGCGUUAUCGUAACUCGUAAAUUUUUUUGGUUGUUUUUUGCGCGUUUUUUACCCAGGUAACGGAUCAUUGUUUCGUUACUUUACCCAUUUGGCUAACACCUCACUCAGAGUUACCUUAAUGCUGUCUGAUUCUGCCAGGAAAAUGCGGGUUAAGUACACAACCUUCCUAUUGUCAUAAGUGGUGUACGCCCUAGCACAACAACUUUAUUCUUUGUACACAAAUACAAAAGUUGGAUAGUUUGCCCCGCAAAAAACUGAAGACUAGUCGUGGCGGGGCAGGACAAGUACAUGAAUGACACAAUUAUCUAGUAAAAACAAAAACCUUAAACUAUUAGAAAGCCUUGCAGAUUGCGACUAAAAAUAAAUAAAACACCGAAGUUUAGUGAUCCAAUUAACACAGCGCUUACUGACGUACAAUGCAUUAAGACAAGGAGUCACUGACUCUUAAAUGAUAACACAGAAAAGAAAAGCAGACAUAAAAACCUUUAGCAAGUGUAUCUAUGUACCUACUUUUUAAAUAAUCAUGGGGAUUUGAAUAUAGUCAUCCUCCCUCUCUAAGAUAUCAAAUAGCAAUUUGCUGAGAACUCUUUUGAAAGCUUUCUUUGGAAGAUCCGUUAUAUAGCGAGUUAUCUUAUUCCACAGCUUUACUCCGAGCCGAGAGAAAGAAUUGUUUUGCAUUGCUAGUCUAGAGCUUUUAAUAUAGAACUUUCCAGACGUAGGCGAUCGUGUAUUGUAUGAGUGAAUGUUAGACGUUUUCUGAAAUAAAUUUAACAUUUUUGCUGGGGCUUUAUCAUUAUUGAUAUCGUACAUUAAGGUUGAUACGGACUCAUAAUAAAGAAAAGUUGUUCUAAGCACGUUAGCUUCGAGAAAUAAAGGAAUUGCAUGGUUAUGCCAGUCUGCGAAGUACAGUAAACGAAGAGCUCUUUUCUCAAGAAUUAGAAUUUUAUUAAGACAAGUCUUGCGUGCCUGCCCUCAGGCAGCAAGACCAUAGGUUAAAUAAGGAUGAAUUAGUGACUUACAAAUAUUCAGUAAUAUUGGUCGAAGUACAGAGUGGUGUACGUAGCUUUGCAAUUAGCCAGACAGUUUUAAUAAUUUUUGUAACAAUCAGUGUGGUAUUUCCAAGAGAGAUUCUGAUCAAUAAGAACGCCCAGGUAUUCUUCAGACUCGAGACGAACAUAUUUAUUCUUUUCAUUAUCAAACAUGCAAUGUUUUGGUUGGUAAGCAAGUCGCUUUGGGUAAGGAUGAAAAAUUACAAAGUUGGAUUUAUUAAAGUUAAGAGUUAGUUUGUUGUCUGUCAACCAGUUAUAAAGGUUUUGUAGCUCAUUGUUGACUGUUGUCUCAAGAUCUUUCAGAUUUUUGUUCGCAUAGAGAGUGUUAGUGUCGUCUGCAAAGAGGUAAAACGUAAAUUUAUUUAUUUAUCAUUGACAUAUAGCAAGAAAAGCAAUGGUCGAAGAAUUGAUCCUUGAGGAACACCACAUCCAACGGCGGCUUUAUGUGAUAUAUCAUAUAUGAUGGCCUACUUGCGUUGUUUGCGUGCGACUUUUGAGAUAUGAGGAGAACCAAUCAUUAAUUAUUCCAAGAAAACCAUAGUGAUUGAGCUUAUCAAGCAAAAUGUCGUGAUCGACGGUGUCGAAGGCUUUUUUAAGAUCAAUGAACACUCCACAAGAUAGCAAUCUCUGAUUCAUGUUUGUUUGUAUAUCAUUAACAAUGUCCAGUAUUGCGUGUUGGGUUGAAUGCCCCUUACGAAAGCCAUAUUGUGAGGAAUACAAAAGUUCGUGUUUCUUUAUAUAGCUCGUCAAUCUAUUGUAAAUUAUUUUCUCAAAUACUCUAUUAAAAAGAGUAAAGAGUAAAGAGAUCGGUCUGCAGUUGUUUGCGUCCGUGUUAUCGUCACUCUUAAAUAUUGGCGUAAUUUCAACAAUUUUGAUCUUUGAUGGAUAAGUCUCCAAUCUGAUCGAUGUUUUAAGUGUCUCUGUAAGAAUAGGAGCUAUGACGGCACUUGAACAUUUGAGUAGUUUGGUAGGUGAGGAGUAUAAACCAUAAGAUUUAUCAUUCGGUAUAAGUAAUAUUCUGACCGUAAUUCUUCGGGUAAAAUGGGUCGAAAAAGGAAGGAUGAAAUUGAAGAUUUGCACUUAUCAACAUAGUCUAGAUGAUGUUUUGGGGGAAUGGGCAGCUUGUUAGCAAGCCUGUUUCCGACUGUUGCAAAGUGUCCAUUAAUAAUGUUAAGUAUCCGCGAACCAUCCUUAACAAUUUUGUGGCGAUUAUUAAAAUCCUUUAGACAGAUAUGACUUUUAAGUUUUUUUCCGUCAAUGUUAAAGUUCAUUGAUUCCCUGCCAGGUUUUUUUCAUGUUGGUCAUAUUAUUUUCGAAAAACGUAUCAUAGUAUCUCCUUUUACUCCAGCGUAUCAGUGUACAGAUUUUAUUUCUAUAGUGCUUGUACCUAACUUCGUCUCUAGAUGUAUAUAAUAUAUUUUUAACCUUAAUAGCCGCCUUAAUUCCAUUAGUUAUCCGGGGUUUAGAUAGCUGCUUUGCUUUGCGAUUAGAUAAUUUUUUCAUGGGGACUUGUUUGUUAACAAUUGUAUUAUACUUGUUGUAAAACGAUGAAAACAAUUUGUUCACACACUUUCUUCCAUUUUCAGUUAUUCGAUUCCAGUCCGGCAGCUUCAGACAGCUCAUCGUUAAAGCGAUCAGCAGAGAAUCUUGAAUAGUCACGUAUUUUUAUAUUUUUAACUUGUUGAAGUUUAUCUUUCGCUGACGUUGUGAUACAGAACUGCGAAAAAUGAUCACUAAUAUCAGAAAUAAUGUUUCCGCUUGCGAAGAGUGGGUCAGGAUUGUUAACAAAGGUGUCAUCAAUCAACGUAGCAGAAGUUCUAUGAACGCUUGUCGCUUUGUCCACUGUUGGAAUAAGAUAACAGCUUCGAAGAGAGAGUAAAAAAUCCUGGCUUAUUUGAGAUGAUUCACACUUGAGUAGAUCUAUAUUAAAAUAACCCAUUGUCUUAUCCACAACAGAUACGUUAGGAAAUAAUCGGGCGAAUUGUGCUGACGAUAAAUUAUUUCUCAAACGUUGUUUUUAUGGUUGACAAAAGAGAUUUCAACCCAGAGGGCUUGGAAUGCCUCAUUUGAAGUUUUUUCAAGAACAUUGUAGUUUAGUGAUUGAUCAACAAAGAGGGCAGCGUCCCCAGAGGCCAGUGGUGUUGGCAUAUGCUCAGAAACAUAACCUUGAAUGCUCGGAUGGGCGUUGCUCUCAUUAGAAUUUGUAAUUGUUGUUUCCGAGAUACCAAUAACAUCAAGGUGGAAAUCAAGUUCAUCAAAUAACAAUUCUACUUUUUCUAGAUUGCGGUGGAUACUCACAAUACUAUGAAAGAUGGAAAAACUAGACUUAACCGAGUUUUCAGGUAGUUUUUCCGUAAACAUUUUGAAGCUAUGCGGGGAAAAGUAUCGGCUUUGGGUGCGCUGAUUAGGGAGGUUAUACUCAGUAUUCAAAAAGCAUCCUGAUUAGAGUUUAGGCUAAAAAUAUCUAAGUCGUAUACACUGUUUAAUUUAUCUAAAUUUCGCCUUGGCCACCGAUCAACAGAGAUCGAGUUAUUAAACUGCCCAUGAUAGAGAGCCAGGUUACCUCUAAAGUUAGAGUAAGGUAGCUCACGCAAUAAUAAUUUACUGGCCCUUUCGUCCGGUUUAUUUCUACGCAACUUCAUUGUAGCUUGUUUGUGAUGAUCGUAUCAUCUAAACAAGAAUACUUAGCUCAACUUUGCGAUGCCACUCCUUGCAAGGUCUUGUAAACUACUCAGUUUUACUGUGGUUGAGAUAUCGAACUUCCGCAAAUAAACGAAUCCGUUCUUCGCCCAACAGUAUUUGUAGCAAUUCGCAUCCUUGAGUUUUUUGCUGUCAAAUAGUAGCUCUUGCAGCCUUGGUGUAAGAUGAUCAUAUAGGUUGAUGUUGCUUACAUCUACCGCGUCACUGAAGCCCAAAUCUUCUGCAUUUAGGUUAGACACUCCUCUCCUGGCUGCCAUGACUAUCUCUCUGGCUAACCUACGCACGAAUUUACAAAUAUUGGCGUUGGGUCUGUUGGAAGCCACGCGGGAUGGCACCCGAAGUGCAGUGUCGAUGUCACUCAAUGAUACUUCCUCAACUUCCUAAGCAGGGAAAAGCGUCAUACAGGGAUCGGCUGUUUGUUGUGAUGUUUCACUUUCGGCUACAGUUGGUGAACCACAAUACUAAUGUUGAAUUGAUAACUUAUGCUUCCGAGGCUAGAUUUCUUAAUAUGAUCGCACAGAAUUGAAAUUUCGUUAACUCGUGAGACGAGCACUGGUGACAAUUCCCGUUCGGCGUGUCGGCCAUGUUGAUUCUUUGACAGCUCGUCGGUAACUUUCAGUAGUUUCUUCUUUAAUUCUUCAAUUUCAUUACGGAUUUUCCCUUCGUAGCUUGUCGUUAGCCGUCAUACUGAAUGGUUUUCAGAAUUUGUAGGUUCAGGAUAAGAGAAGAAUUCGUGAAAUAAGAUCGGAGCACACAAAGCACGUCUGCAUAGCUCAGUGCACACGUGUGUCCACGAGUGUGCACGAGUUUUACACCUCUUUUCGUGAUAUCAGCAAAUAACUUUUAGGCUCCCGCUCUAGGCCAGGUUUAAAAGGGAAAAUAUUUUCCUGUACGUUAUCGUAACUUGCAAAUUUUUUGGUUGUUUGUUGUGCGUUUUCCCGGGGGGGGGAGGGGGGGAGAGAAGAGCCUAAUGGCAUGUAAUGGGGAUGUGCCCCUGUAAGGGGUCGCAUUUUCACGACUGGAUUGACUUUAAUGGGAUCGCAUUUUCAAUAGAGUUACCAGAAUGGGAUCGCACACUUUCGGAUUUUUGGGGUAAGACAGUUCUUCAAAUUUACGGUUAGCAAACGUACCAGAAUGUUUGUACUGUAGGUGAAAAGUAAAGUGUUCUUCAUUCAAUUAAAAAAAAGAAGAGUCAAUUCAUUUUAGGAUGACCUAAUCAAAGGAUUGAUGAGAUAGAUACAUAAAUAGAAAAUGACUAAGUUGGGAUCGCGAGAAUUACAUAUUUGCCCAAAAGUGACUAAGAUGGGUCUAUAAUAGCGAGGAGAUGUGUGAUGUCACGUUACCACGGUAGCACUAUUUCUGGAUGACAACAAAACCAACGACGACGGCGACGGCAAGGAGAACGGCAAAAAUGAAAUGCUCAUAUUAACAAGCAACAACUUUGCACGUGAAUCACGCGAUUUUGUACAUUUCUUUGCCAUUAGUAGCACCACGUCGACAUGAAAUUUCCUUAUUUCAUGAGCCAGCUUUAUGUAGUAGGUGAACACAACACAAAAAUUGUCGCUUUCUUUUUCUAAACUUAGUUAACGAUAGAUACGAUCCCAAAGAAAAUUUCGCCAAGAUUUGCCAAAUUAAAUGAAAUUGAAUAAGAUCGGUGAAAUUUGAAAUAGUGCGAAUAGACUUUCAAGUGACUUUAUCGGUUAGUUGUCAUCCAAAAAUUUUGCUACCAUGGCAACGUGACGUAAGGACUUCUCCUCUCUAUUGUCCGCAGAACAGACUAUAAUAGGGUAGGAGCUCUGAGAGGCCAGCGGCACAUACCCAGCACAAAUUAACCGAAGUAACUCCCCGGGCGCGUUUUCUACCCAGACAACGGAUCACUGUUUCGUUACUUUACCUAUUUGGCUAACACCUACAGACCUCACGCAGAGUUUCGUUAAUGCUGUCUGAUUCUGUCAGGAAAAUACGAGUUAAAUACACAAAUUAUCCUGAGAUCUCCUGAGCCAUGUUUCCUAUUGUGAUAAGUGGUGUACGCCUUAGCACGAGUUUCUCGCCUCUUAACGUGAUAUCAGGAAAAAACUUUUAGGCUUGAGUCUAUUCCAGGUAUAAAAGGGAAAUAUUUUCCUGCAUGUUAUCGUAACUUGCAAAUUUUUUUUUUGGUUGUUUGUUGCGCGUUUUCUACCCAGGUAACGGAUCAUUGUUUCGUUAAUUUACCCAUUUGGCUAACACCUACAGACAUCACGCAGAGUUACGUUAAUGCUCUCUGAUUCUGCCAGGAAAAAUACGGGUUAAAUACACAAAUUAUCCUGAGAUCUCCUGAGCCAUGUUUCCUAUUGUGAUAAGUGGUGUACGCCUUAGCACGAGUUUCUCGCCUCUUAACGUGAUAUCAGGAAAAAUCUUUUAGGCUUGGCUCUAGGCCAGGUAUAAAAGGGGAAAUAUUUUCCUGCAUGUUAUCGUAACUUGCAAAUUCUUUUGGUUGUUUGUUGCGCGUUUUCUACCCAGAUAACGGAUCAUUGUUUCGUUUACUUUACCCAUUUGGCUAGUUAGCUGCGCUUAUGGGUGUAACACGUGAAAUAAAUAUAACUUGCAAAACAGUGUGUUUGCGUGAGAAGUCGCACCAUAAUGUUAAGUGGUGACUACUGAGCCUUUAGUGGCACAAUGAGACCUUACUUGACUUGUGCAGUGCUAUUAAUACUUGUAAAUUCUUCUUCUUGUGUCUUACGUUCUAAGGUGGCUGGUUUUGUCAUAGCCCAGCGUCCUGUCGAGAAAGGAACAGGACAAUGAGAGAAUUGAUGACGUCAAACGGGUGGAAAACAACAAAGAGAGGUUAGCUAGAAGGUUGCUUGCUCUCUUACAGUCGUUCAGUUUGCGUGGAGGGGCCAAACAAGAGAAGGGAACCGGAAAAAAUAGAAAAAAAAUGCAAAGAAAGAAACGGGGAUAGAUAGAAACCUUUAUUUCAAUAGGAUAACUCCUUCAGUUUUUGUACAAGAUAAAAACUGCUAUCCAUAGAAGCCCUACAUACAUAAUAACCUAAAUUGAAAAGAAAUAAUAGUGAUAAUUAAUUACAAUAACAAAUAGCUAUAAAAUGUGACAUAAUGGGAGGAAAUGACUUCUUGAGAGAUCUAGCCACGAUUUGCUUCAUUUAAUCCUUGUUGACCUUAUUCUAUUCAUACCCAAGUCAGUGGUCAGUUAUUGAGAUUUUCCAGUUUCGUAUAGCUACAUAGAGGCGAUGCAGGGAAUUACCAGCAGUUUGUGCAGCCUUUGAGGGAAUUUGUUUUACCCGGCUUUCUUUGCCUUUCUUACAUUUCAAUAUGAAGACAGACGGUUUUCACCUUCAAGCUUGAUGUACUCAGGAUCACUUCUCUUAUUAUUUUCCUAACAGGAAUGGGAAUACUAUCACCUAAUCCACGUGAAAAUCCAAGCUGGUGGAAUGCCAAUCACGUGUAAGACUGAAAUAAAAAAUUACGUAAAUAAAUUAAUCCGAGGAAUUUACCAUCGGGUAAGUUCCCUGGGGACUCGCUGUGGGGUACGGGGAAAGACCACUCGUACAGGAUUAGUCGCACGCAUCCACAGGAGCCGAUUAGUACCUGAUACUAGGAGAGGAGGAUGAGUGGUUGCUCGUAUGUUUUUAAUGGUUCACUGUUGGUUUUCAGUUUGUAAAUCCGUUACCAUAGUUAUCAGGUCCUCUCUCUACUUGUUAAUUUAAACCUUUCGCUUAGUUUUGGAUUAAUUAGAUUAAAUACUAGUACUGUUAUUAUUUUUUAAUGUCCUAAUGCUAUUGAUGUAGUUUUAUAUACAUUUUGUUUUUUAUUUAAUCUUUUGCAUAGUCUUUAAAUACUAUUAGUUAAGCAAGAAAAUUGUAAUUGGCAUUUUUAAUGUAGAAUUACCUAAUGUAAUAUUAUACUAAAUUAGAUUUUAAAAAUUAGGUGUCCCCGAUUAGUAGGCUACAUGUAGCAGCUAGAAGAUGUGACACGUAAAUAAAGGUGUUCAGUUCAAUUGAGUUCAGUAACAAGAGAGGCACACAAUUUGGAGCCAAUAAGAUUACGCGCCUUUGGAAAACCCCUUGUUGACUAGCUUAUCUAAUCCAAACUAAAAGACACUCCAAUUCAGUACAAGAAGGGCGGACAAGGAGCCAAUAAGAUUUCGCCCCUUUGGCACAAAUCUUGACUAGCUUAUCUAGUCCAAACUAUAGGUAACUUUUAAAAGCUUGCAAAUUUGUUGUAAGUGUUAAGGAAGAUUCUGAUGUCGUUGAUCUUGUUGAUCGUUAGGUACAUACCUUAUUGUUCCAGUGACGUGUGGAGUGGAAAUGCAUCAAAGAGAGAAACAGGAGGUUAGGAUCGAUUUAUUUAGAUCCAAAUGAGAAAAAAAAAAAGGAUUAGGCAAGCGUUCUUCCAAUUCAAAGAGGCUUCAUUUGAAUGGUAACACCAUAGCAUUUCGCCCACAGGCUCAAACGUGCUCAUCUUAACGUCAUCUAGAAUUGUAACAGUUAACCAUAGUUUACUGAAUGAACUCAGUACUAAUGCACCAGUCAAUUCCAGGUGCGCCCUAACCCCUUGCCCAUGCCCUGGGCCGCGCAAAAUUUGCUUAUGCCCCACCCCCAGGACUGACUAGGAGGGCAAAUGCCCCGCAGUUGCCCGGGGUGUCACGGGCGCAUCUGGAAUUGACUGAUUCAUUAAUUGUUGUAACUCGUUUCUGUAAGACGAACCUUACCUGUUUUAAUGGGCGUGCUCUGCUUAAUGUUCUUGCUUUAGGCAAAUUUAAUAUUCAAACUUCUUAUUGUGUGCUAAAGACUGUGCUAACUCAGUUGCGUUAUUUGCUUAUUAGGCACGAUUCCCAUUCGUUAAUGUCUGACUCUAACAAAAACAUCAACAGCCAACGUUUUGACACAGCAGCUGUAUCUUUACGUUAUCUUAUAUUACUUUUCUUUGAAAGCAACGUUUGUUUUUUUGGCUUGAUUCUCUGUUCGUUUUUUAUCUUUUUUCUCUUAUGUGGACAUUAAACAGAUCUUUUUCGUAUUAUUAAUUUUUUUUUUGCAGGGCAAUUUUCAUUUCUUGGAACGAGGAUACUAGCAAGGGUCAUCGAAGAAUUGUUACCGGAAGGACUCUACCAUGCAAAGCACCUACUUCUUGCAGGCAGCAGGUGAAUUUUUAGUGAUUGGUAACAUCUUCCUUUAAACCAGAGGACUAAUAAAAAUUUAUGGCAACAGAAAACAUUUCAUUUUCUUUUUUUGAUUAAAAAAGGACAAAAAAAUGAAAGAAACAUACAAAACAUGGUAAUACUGCUUAAGAUUAUCAUACUGAGGGAUUCCGUUUACAAACCAAAACAUUUACACAAGUAAAUAAUAUAACGAUUUAGAGGCAGCACGUCCAUAAAGUGGUUCUUUAUCUACCUGAUUCCUGGUCGAAUUGGAAUUUGGUAAAGUUGUAUUUUUAGGAGAGGGGAAAACCGGAGUACCCGGAGGAAAACCUCUUGGAGCAAGGGAGAGAAGCAAUAACGUGUGGGUCGACGCGUGGAUUUCAGUGAACCUGGGCCAAAUUAGCGGGAGGCGAGUGCUUUCACCACUGUGCCACCCUUGCUUUCAAUUUCCUCCUUUACUCUGGUAAACAAUCAACCUAUCGAUAUGUAAAAACAACGGCCGAACUAUUUCAGUUUUCAAAAGGCAUACAAACAGAUCAAACUGACGGUACGAUCUGGUGCAAGCUCGCCCAAUCUACUCAUUGUACGAACCGAACGUUUUUAUCUAACGAGCAGAAUGUUCUUGUCCUCAACAACUACAGUUCACUGGAGUUACCGAAGUCCUUACCUCGUUCUUUAAGCCAUGACCUGAGACAAGCCUGACCCUGCACAUGUAAUAUACCUAUCCUCGUUCUUUAAAUCUUGAUCGACAUAGGCACGUUAAUUCCCCUAUGAAUAGAAAUGAGGAAUUCCAGUGGAAUGUAGUCGUUUAUUGGACAACGCUCGCCGUUUUGCCAGUGUUUUAGAGUAUUUUAAAGUGAAUGUGACACAAAUUUUUUUAAGAAAAUGAUUUUGGUCCUUAGAUAAGUUUAGUGAACAAUUUUGAACUCUAAAAAUGGGUUCCCCAAAAGAUUUCGUCUUAAAACUACUUUUCCCCUUCAGAAGUGUCCCUGAGACUGGGCUCGAAAAAAAAAGGCUGAUGAUGUGUUGUGAAGUCAGUUGAUCUUCUCAGCUUUUGCUUCCGAUUCUGGUCAUUGCUUUGUUUUGUAAAAUUAAGCGAUGUACGUAUCUGAUUGUAACGAAGGUUUAGGGACGUAAAUGAAGGUUUUGGGAAGUUGUUAACAGCGACAAUCCUUCUUAUUUGUUGUCAUCUUGUAAAUCAUUCUAAAUUUGUGCAAAUCGUUUGUACGUCAUAAUUGUCAAUUUUGAGGCAAAUUUGCGUGUUUUAAAGACGGGAAAAAAAGGUUUUGCAGGAUUUUUGACGAGUUUUUGACAUUUCGGAACCAUAUUGCACACAUAUUGUAAAAUAAAAUUCGUGUCAUAUACACUGUAAUAUUGGGCUUCUCGUGUUUCAGUGCCGGUGGAGUCGGCGUAAUCCUCAAUUUAGAUAGGCUAGCCUUGAGACUCAAGAUGGCUGGAUCCAAAGUUAAAGUCCGAGGACUGGCCGAUUCUGGAUGGUUCCUAGCAGGGGAAGAAUUACCGAUGACAUCUGCAGCCAUUAGAUACGGCAUGAAGUAAGUAAUUAUACUGUUCGCCAUUUUGUAAUUUACGCAAAACUCAGCAUGCUGGUAUUUACACCGGCUGCAAAAAAGGGACUGAAAAGGAGAACAAAAAUCUUCCUGGUUUUUGCGGGUGGUCGUCACAGAAACUCUAGGUUCAUCGCCUAGUUAGUCGCCAGUUUAGAAACGAGUAGAGAAUCGAACUGGAGCGGAAAUGCGUGCAAUUGUUUCUUGGAUUAUUACUGGGUACGCGCCGAUCAGAUAUUAGGGAGCUUAAGCAAAGGCAUCUUUGAGAGACGCAAAUCAACCGGAAGUGAGGACUUUUCCCUUUUAAUAUGCCUUGACGCUAUAAAAUUUGUAUUGCUAAGAUUCUUUGUACUUGUAGAGACGAAUUAACGCUUUCACUGCCAAAUGUGGCCAAAGGCAAAUUUCGACCAAAUUUCCAAAUUUCAUUUUCUAAAAUUUUGACAAACAAAUAGCACCAUGUUAAAGUACAGGCAGAGAGCUUUCAUUUGAAUGAUCACAUCAUAGGAUUUCGUCCAUAGACUCAAAAGUUAGAGUCACCUUACAAAACUCCAUCAAACACUCUAGCAGUGAAAGGGUUAACUGAAUAUUUUGGCAAAACCACUGCUCAGGAAUGUAAAAAGACACUUCCGGUUGACGUGCGUCGCUCAAAAACGCCUUUGCUUGUAAGUUCUCUAUUGGCAAAUUUUUCCCCCUGUCGCUAGUGACAGUCUCAGAAGACUUUGCAAAAGUUAACUUGACCCAGUUUCUUUCUCGUUUCUAAAGUGGUGAAUAAACAGAGGUCAAUUUACAGUCAACUCAGGUCAAGCGUACCACCCAAGAUUCCAUUUAUGAAUUUAUUAUUCGAAAGUUGAAUCCGUUGUUAGUUGUAGGUUUCAGAUUCAUUCUUGCAUUCUUGCAUGCGUAAUGAGCCGCGAAUUCACACGCAAGGCAGUUAUGAAUUUUUCUACCAGCUCAGUUUCCUUGAAUUUGAUGUAAAUGUCUUCGAAGUAAUUUUAUCCAUUCAAAGAUUUUCAAUCUGACCAAGUGCAGAGAAGUUCUCGUAAAAUAUUCACUGCUUAUUACGCAUGCAGGAAUGCCGAUUUGCCGUAGUUAAGGGAACGCCCAACGGAUUCAUUUUUGAAAUAAUCAAUUCAUUAACAGAAUCUUAGGGGGUACACUUGACCUGCUUUGAAUGUAAUAAAUUUUUUACAAGUGUAACUUACUAGUGUAGCUAGUAAAAUGGCGCACUGUAAGUUUCAUUUGCCCAAUGCAAAGGUCGAGGCAGUUAUGUUGUAACUACAGUGCUGCAUACCAUUAACUAAGACAAGCAAGCAGCGGGACUGGGCGAUCAAGUGUGAGAGCUUCUUGUCCAAAAAACAAUCUGAAAUUCAAGCUUUUCACGAGCUCUGAUCGACCACUCUAAGCCGAGGACGUUGCCCGUGUCAAAGAGUAGCUACUAUAUUCCUGUAAUCUGGUUCCUCCUUUUCUUCCUGGUGUCAAAUGACCUGUCUUUGUUACAAAAUGUUUUUGGAAUGUUUUAGUUACUGGCGUGGUAUUGUACCGACUGAUUGUGCAAGGCGCAAUCCACUCAAAAAAUGGAAGUGUUACUUUGGAGAGCAUGUGUACAAAACGGACAGCGCUUCACCCAAGCAUGGUAAGUUUUCCCUGAACCCACUGCCGCUCUAUAUUUGUAGAAAAAAAAUAAGAGGCAGUAUCGCAAGAAUUUUCUCAAGUUUUUUAGUCCUACGCCAGAAUUAUAAAGGUACCGAAAGUUGGUGGGAACAACAAGACCAAGCAAGAGAUCAUAAUGAUAGUCUUCCGAAAGUCAUGGAACCACUUUACCUGAAACUGUUUCCGCAUGGUCCGCAUAGUUUCUAAAAAUAACUUUUUUGAAAUUAAGAUAUCCCAAAGGCAUGACUGGGAGACUCCCACUCUGUCCUUUUAUCAUCUCUUGGACAGAGUAAAGAAUUCAUUUUCCAGGUGCAAGCAUGAUCAAGGAUUUUUUUUAAACCGGUUUACACUGAUGUUUUAUUCGACUUCUUCCGGCUACCCGUCAGUAGCCAGACAAUUCUUAACUUUUAGCUAAACAAGGCUACUCGGACGGAAUCUUUACUGACGCGUUAGUAUACUCUAGUUGUUAACUGCCAAAACCCUUUUUUGGUGUCUAGUGAUUAUAAAGGGAAAUCUUUAAAAGGUGGCAUACCACGAGGGUAGCUGUUAAAUUUAUAUUCUGUGCUAAAAGUUAUUACUUGGUGCUUUAGCAAGAACAAUAUGCCGAACAAAUCUCAUCAGGGAACACUAACCAUAACACGUUUUGGGGAUUUUUGUAGGCAUAGCCUUGAAACUUGAAAAAGUUUGGCCCAAUUUUGUUGAGAGUCAAUCCGUAUAUUCAUCCUUGCUAUCCGUAGCAACAGACGACAGGAAACAGUUUCAAUGCCUAGAUAUAGUCUUUUAUAAAAUAACUAAGAUAGUACGCGCGUUCUGAUUGGUUAAAAACCUAAGAUUUACUGUGCUGGUAAACUCAUGGAGAACUGAAACGACUCCGUUUUACGUAGAGUUAUUUUAUAAACGCAAUAGACCACACUUUCUAGGAGUCUACCGGGAUGAUAACGUGAUUUACAAGCUUUUUGAGUGUUCUCCCAAAAUCUUGCGUGGGUUAUCACUCUGGUAAACCCAUAGAAAGUGUGGUCUAUUGCUUAAAAAUAACAAGACUGCACCAUUAUUUUAGUAAUUUAAUUGAUACAAAGACACGUUUUUAAUAGCUUUUUAAAAUAAUAGCAAAUAGCUUGACAUAGCCCCUUCAACUAGUUACUGAGUAGAGUUAUACGCUAUUGACAGCCUCAGUCGAGUUUAUUAUUUUUCUCAAUUGUUGUGUUUUUGUUUUUUAACAGCUCCCCUGUUCGUUUUCCAGUGGUUGUAUGAUAAAGCACAAUUAGCUUGGGUUUUGUCGGGAAUUUUUAACGUUACCCGAGCGAAAGAUACGGCUAAAAUCGCAAUUAAGCUUGGAAAAAAGAUGAAUGAGUCACUUUCUAACACCGACGGGCUAGCUUGGUGAGUUUCAUUCUCGUGCACACUUUAAGUAGGUCCAUUAUGAAAACUAGCAGGUAACCGGUAAUAAAGUUUCUAUCUUGGUUAAAUAAAGUCUCUUCUUCCUUAACGAUCGUUGAUGCUCCCACGUUUAUCAGGUGAAUUCAUGCUGUGAUUGUAUUUGAUAAAACGUUCAAGUCCGAUGAUAAAAUAUUUGAAUCGUCAACUCAUUUGCGUUUAUUCAACACUUCUGUUUGACAGAAAUAACGUUUUGGCGAAUUUAGUGGCCGCCACUUUUAGUCAACUCGUUCACAUAAAUACUUGUACCUGAAGGCAAGUGCGGAAAAAUACUUCCACAGACACUAACUUCGCCGCAGUUUGAAGUCUUUUUGUAGCGUGUAAUGGAUUUGGCAGCAUUACGUUAAAAUCGCCAUUGUCAUUUUUUUUUUUUGUACAGGAGGCAAAGCUUUUAGCAAUUUUUCUUUUUGCUUUCGUUAAUUUAUUUUCUUUAACCAAUCUUUUUUUCUUGCUAGUGCUGUGUUUGCUCCUUCGUGUGUCUCGCACACUAUCCUUACACGAAAGUAAGUAUCUUCAAAUCAUAGAAGCAAUAACUAGGAGCCAUGCUCUAUCAGUAACAGAAGUAUAUAUGCUUUUGUCUGUGAGUGUUAUAAGAAAGAUUUGAGAUCGGUACUGGUUCAUAGUCACGUGAUCGCAAAUCCCCUUUUUAUACCUGAAAUUGUCGGACUCUGUUGGCAUCGCCAGUCAGCAGUCUCGGACUAAUGGUCUUUCGUGUUUUAGAUACUGUUGAACAGGUGUCGGUAAAGGUGACAGAGAAACACAGUGUUGUUUGGCUUCUGACAUUUCGCAGGGUCGCGUAAUGUCGGCAGUUUUUUCAGACUAGCUCUUCGGCCGUAAUUUACAGGUUGAAAGGGCUCGUUUAUCGUUUAUCUCACGGUAGUCAUGUUGUUAUUGAUCGUGUCGUUUCGACGGGAUACUGCUGUCUCCAUCAGGCGAUGGUAUAGAAAGCAUCAGUUGUCCGUAAGACAGUUGAAAGUAGUAUUAUCCUCGGUUUUUGUAUCCUUUUUGUAUCGUCGUGAUCCAAAACCCAGGAACCACGCAUCGACGUGAACAGGGACGCGUUAUCGAAAAAAAAAGGAUUUUAUUUGAGUGUCAAUGUAUUUAGCACGAAAGUACUAAUUGGUGACACUAUUUUUACGUCUCCUACUUGAGACGGGACCGCCAUUUUACGUGGUCAUCCGAGCCACGCGAAGGUCUACUCGUUUGCAGGGUAAAGGCAGUACCAUCAUUUCUCAGUUAUUUUAAGACCCUAAGUAUUGGUCCGGCCCCGGGAAUCGAACCCGCAACCUCUCGCUCUGCAGUCAAGCGCUCUACCGACUGAGCCAAUCUACCACGGCUAGCCCCAUCAAAAAUCAAUUGAAGGGUUAUCUGAAGCUCUUCUUCGUUGCCUACAACAAUAUUGAAUAUGCUGGGCCAUAUUCAAAUCCGGUAUAACACUUGUAUCGCACCUUGGGCGACCUAAGGAUAGAACGAGGUGGUGUAGUUUAUAAGAUUCGUUAUAAGUUUUAAUUGGCAAAACGGUCAGAUGGUUGAAUGGGUUAAAGAACAUGACAGGGGCAUUAGACUUUCACAAACUUAACCUGCGAAUACAGCCCUCUCUCGUCAGGCUAUCACAAACUUAAGACUUAAACCGCAUCCGAACAGGCAAAUGAGACACGUCACUACCCGCUCUGGCACGAUAUCACGUUUAUUGACCUAGGUAAAAGAGAAUCCUCAUAAGACGUUGCUCUAACAACAUCAACAGAGGCAGUGGAAUUGAGAUUCAAGAAGAGUGGAUACCCACGAUCAGACAGAACAGCUUCGAUCGGUGCCACAGUAGACCGUCGAGGGAACAGCAUCUCGCUCUAUCGACAUCAAUGAAGACAAUGGAAUUGAGACUCCAGAAGCGUGGAUGUCCAUGAUCAGAUAGCACCGCAGCCGAUCGGUGCUACAGAGCAGACCGCCGAGGGAACAGAUUCUAGCCCUUUCGACAUCAAUAGAGACAAUGGAAAUGAGCGAGCCCAGAAGGGUGGAUGCCCACGAUCAAUUAGCACAACAGCCGGUCAGUACGACAACGGACCACUGAGGGAACAGCUUCUUGCACUACAAUGCUUAGGGACGGACCAUUACAAAAACUUAUGGGAGGGUGGGGGCGGGCGGGCGAAGUACAAAAAAAUAUUCGCGCAAAGGAAAGUUAAAUGAAAAAAAAUUCACGCACGCCAAUUAACCCUAAAAAAUAUUCAUGCUACGGCCUAAAAAAAGUUCAUACAAGGAAUGUGAUAAGGAAAAAAAAUUCCUGCGGUUCAAAAAUCCCCCCCCAUAACUUUUCUAAUGGUCCGUCCCUUGCAAAGCCCGGAAUCGACACCACCAACCGUGAGUGAUAUUCGUGAUGCACAAAACCACGGUACUACUGGAAGUCCGACAUAAUCGUCCUAUGAAGAUGAAGACCAACCGUACGCAGUUUAAAUGCCGCUAUCAACUGUGAGAUAAACGAUAAGCGAGUUCGACAAUACACAAAUGACGAUGAACAUAAUUUUUGAUUUAAUUUGUAAAUUUGUUCAGCAUUAUGUAAUCCCUCGUUAUGGUUGUUAUUCAGUGACUGGCUGAAAGUCAGAGUGAGUGGAAGAAACCUGGACGACGCUCUAAACGCAUGGUAUCGGCACCAGUCCUCCGACCCAAACACGGACAGUUGCAAGACCCUCAUUGAAAAUAAUUGUUACUACCCGCAAUGCGAUAAAACGUGCCCGAAAAUUGGUUUUGAACGAUCAAAAAAGUCUACUAUUAAUUCGCCUGGAAUGCCCGUUAAACCGAAUUCGAGUAACAAAGCUCAUAAUCCGCUAAGAAGACGAAGAUCUUGCAGUUAAGAGAUAAUUUCAAGAAACUCUAUGACUAGCCUCCCACGCAGUUCAUCACGUGUUCUUCCCCCGGGAGCGUCCUUUGCGGGGGAGGACCACUGACCCAUCUGCGUUGGAGGCUGCGUGGUGACGAAAUUUGUGCAAGUUUUGCGUAUUAAUUAAGCAGAUUGAAAAACAGAGGAACCUUCAACUCUAUAGAUUAAUAUGAUAGGAAGUAACAGAACAGAUAUGCUUCAUGUUAAUAAACUGUCUUAGGAUUUUACAAAAGUAAUGUCAGCCAGCAUUUUGUUAUAUACACGGCAUCAUUCU